UCCGGAGCCAUGAGCCGGGCGCUCACGGACCACAUUGCCACUAGUUUUAGAGAGGAUGCUCCUCGUCCUCCGGUCCCGGGGGAGGAGGGCGAAGCGCCCUGCUAUCCUGGCAAAUUCGCAAUGAUGAGACCCCAGGAUACGACCAAAUCAGUUCUGCUUGCUUCUCCCAGUUCCAGUGCGAGGAGAAACGAGGAUGGACUUGGGGAGCCAGAGGGGAGUGCCUCCCCGGAUUCACCGCUUGCCCGAUGGACAAAGUCUUUGCAUUCUCUACUUGGGGAUCAAGACGGAGCUCACCUGUUUAGGACAUUCCUGGAGCGGGAGAAAUGUGUUGACACUUUAGACUUUUGGUUCGCCUGCAACGGUUUCAGGCAAAUGGACCUCAAGGAUACCAAAACGCAGCGCGUUGCCAAAGCAAUUUACAAGCGAUAUAUCGAAAACAGCAGUAUAGUCGCCAAGCAGCUUAAGCCUGCGACUAAAACUUUCAUUCGGGAUAAUAUAAAGAAGCAACAAAUAGACUCGGCGAUGUUUGACCAGGCACAGACCGAGAUCCAAGCUACCAUGGAGGAGAAUGCCUACCAGAUGUUUUUGAUCUCUGACAUAUAUCUCGAGUACGUGAGGACCGGGGCAGAGAAUCCAAGUCACGCUAACCCCAAUGGACUAGGCAGUUUGAAACUGCUGUGUGGCUACCUACCCACACUGAAUGAGGAAGAGGAGUGGAGUUGUAAUGACUUAAAAGGCAAAGCACUGGCUUCCGUUGUUGGACUAUCCGCCAAAGCGCUGAGGGCGACAGUCGCACUAAGAACAGUUGAGGUGAUGGAAAAAGGGUACAGGUCAUACAGACGAGGGGACACUGGGAACCCCUACCACGUAGGUUCCUUUGCUCCCGCCACCAGCACCAAUGACAGCGAGGCGUCGAGCGACGCCAUGACGGACGACUCCAUGUCGAUGACCGACAGCAGUAUAGAUGGAAUCCCUCCAUACAAGCUGGCCUCUAAGAAAUAUCUCCAGAGAGAGAUGCAGCGCAACAUGAGGAUGAACAGCCAAGUCUCCUUGCCUGUCUUCCCUCGUACAAGGCGAGCUCCUCAGGAGAUGCCUCCUGUGCAGCCUGUGGUCUUUGCUGCCCAGCUCAUCGCCCGUUUGGAGAAGCUAAAGAGAGAGCAGGAAACCAUGAGCUCCCUGGAAGAGAGGCUGCAGCAGAUUCAGGAGGAGGAAGAGAGGGAUGAAGCUGAGCUGUCAUCUGGCAGUAUCCCCCUUCUUCUCUCUCCCCACUCCCACCCCCUGGCUCUCCUCCCCCCGGGCCACACGGAUGAGGACCCACAGGCCAUCCUGGACGAGCACCUUUCCCGUGUCCUCAAAACCCCCGGCUGCCAAUCCCCCGAGGCCCCCGCCCGCCAUUCCCCCCGCACCCGUUCCCCAGAGCACAGGCCUCCUCUCCGGGGAGAGCUGGGAAUCAAAGCCCAUGCUUCUCCUGGGGCCUGCUCCAACUCCAGCCCCAGCCUAGGGGCCUUCCCAUCAGCCUUAGGCCCAGGAAGGGCCCUGGUUAGCAGGCAGAGCACCAAGCACAUCCACCACCACUACAUUCACCACCACGCUGGGCCCAAGAGCCAGGAGCAAAUCGAGAAGGAGGCGGCACUCCGGGUGCAGUGCCUGGGCCCCACGGGGGGCGAGGGUCAGUCAUGCCAGCGCAGCCGCAGCUUGGGCCGAGAGAUGUGUGGCGGCAGCAGCGCCGACAGUGCAAGCUCGAGACGGUCCAAGUCUCUGUCCAGACGCACGUGUUUCUUGGGGGCAGGGGAGGACGUGGCGCCGGGUUGCGGAGGCGACGGCAGCCCCCCCCUCCUGCUGCUGCCCACAGACAGUGCUGACCGCUCCCAGAACGUGUGGCAGUGGAUCCUGGAGAGUGAGCGCCAGGGCAAGCACAAGUCCCACAGCACCCAGAGCAAUAAGAAGUCAUACGGCGUCGGUGCCUCCUCUUCGCAGACCCAUACGUGGGGCGGCGGGGGUAACUGUGCCCACUUGAGGAGCCACCAGCCUGCCCACCCCUUCGUCCAGGACCCGGCCAUGCCCCCCCUGCCCCCACCCAACACCCUGGCCCAGUUGGAGGAAGCUCGGCGGCGCCUGGAAGAGGUCUCCAAGCCCCCCAAGCAGAGGCAUGCAACGUCAAGCCUUCAGAGAGAGAGGAGCAACCUAGUGCCUGUCCAGAGCGGGGGCCUCACCCCCCUGGCACACCACCAACCUGGUCCCGCCCUCUGCCCUGGCCUCCAAUCAGAAGAAGCCAGGGAAUCACGGCGGCCAGCGGGCUUGGCAGGAGGCGAGACAGUGGUGACGUACUUCUUCUGUGGUGAGGAGAUCCCGUACCGGAGGAGCAUGAAGACCCACUGCCUCACACUGGGACACUUCAAGGAACAGCUGCGCAAGAAGGGCAACUACAGGUACUACUUCAAGAAGGCCAGUGACGAGUUUGAGUGUGGCGCUGUGUUUGAGGAGGUGUCUGACGACAGCUGCAUCCUGCCUACCUAUGAAGGCAAGAUCCUGGGCAAAGUGGAAAGGAUGGACUGAAGAUGACCACAACCUCUCUCUCUAUCUAUAUAGCUAGCUACAACAAUGGGACUGCUCUAUUGAAGGAACCCUGGUCUACGAAAGAGAGAAAAUGCACAGAGAGUAAGAGUAGUGAGAUGGGCUAUUAGUAAAAACAUCCCUCGUUGGACACAGGAAUCACAGAAGAUGGCAAAGUGUAGAAAGCAGACUGCAAGCUUCCAGGAGAGGCCAUUCUACAGUCUAGGUGAAUGAGCACUUAAGAAAAAAAGAAAGAAAGAAAAGCUAAACAAGUGGUUAGGACAAACAUUUCUGACUUCUGUCCUGCCUGAACCUGCCUAUACCAACACCCUGAAAUGUGGAAUAUAUUAUGUAUAUGCAGGUGUACAUGUACAUGUGUACAUUGUUUAUAUUAUGAUGCGUCUGUCAAUAUAUAAAGAUCUAUAUUGCUAUUUAUUAAUAAGCCCCUCACUCCCCCCUCCCACUGUCCUGCGAUUGGACAAGCUGCUUGGAAAAUAAGGAGGUGUCGCCAAUAUUAAAAUGGCAAGAUUCAACUUCUUGGCCUUCCUCACUGCAAGUCUCCCCUUGUUCUUAAACUUUAACAGGAAUUUAGCCAAUCAGAUUGACUUCCUGGUUCUAAAGUUAUGCCCUUAAAAGUCAAAGUCUUUCCUACCAAGGUGCUAUGUAUGUGUAUUUAUCAGUCCAGAUGGGCCCAUGUGAGGAGUCUACUUCAUGGAAGUGGACACGCCUCAACAUUUGGGACACUUCCCAAGUCUCUCAAAGCCACCAACCACGUUGUGUCCUAGUGCCUUUGUUUAUGUGGCCCUGGCAUUGCACAGAAGGAUUUUAGGAUCAUUCAAUCAUGCCCCAAUACAGUCCCUUAAAAGUCUUAAAAAUGGCGGCGGAAAUACACAAAGCCACAUACUGUAUAGUGUACUAGCAACAAUAGCUCUGCAAUGUCCAAAUGGAUAACUUUUGUGUUUGUUUCAAAUUGAAGUCUCUUGACUUCCACCUAAUUGUAAUGUCCACAGCAGAGAUGAUGAUAAGGAUACACAAUGGCCGUAGUGUUUAACUGAGUACAGUAGCUGUGCCUACAUGGAUUCCAUGCCGUGUUCUGCCCUGUUUCCAGGGUAUUUUACUCCCUUGGUUUUUUCAAGGGGCUUUAUGUUGGAAAAAUAUAUUUGUAUGCCUUUUAGUAUCCUGUAAUCACAUUUUAUAAUAUUUUCAUGGCGUCUGGGAUCCACAACUGUAAAUUAUGUAUCUAACAGAGCUCCAAUGGAAAUAUCCCUCGGUACUGUAAUUAUUAUGAGAUGUUAAACCUUUAUUAAAAUAUAUUUUUCAAAUUAA